AUAAUUCAUCUGCAAUUUGCGUGGUUACUUUCUCGACGCUUGUGUACACGAAGAGCUUUUAUCAGGCACUCUUAAGAGCCCGAAAGCUGCUGAAUGGAAUAUCGGAUACGAUUCCGCUUACUCCUCCAAAUGAUGCACGCCAUCAAAUCAGGUUUUUUGUUUCUUCGUUUCUGAAACAUGACCAAGCUAUGCUUUCAGCAUUGAGUCAGGAGGAGAGGGAAACGCUCUCAUCGAAACCCAAGAUUUUUCCAGAGGAUGUUCCGGGUGAUGAGAAGGUUACCUUGCAAAAAAUUUUUACCUCUGCGCAUUUGAACCAGCUCAGGAGGGAUCUUAAAGAGCGAAACCUUUUGCCCUCGCAAGUAUUCUUUGCCAAGCUUUUCAUGACCUUUUUGUCACCCGCCUAUUCUGCAGACAGUUCAAUUCCCAAUUGGGACAGAAUUCUCAGCAUAAAAGAUAAAGAGUCGAUUGAUGAGCUUAAAUGGAUAUUUUUUUCUGAGAGCAUGCCAGAGAAAAAAAUUAAAAAGUUCUUUGAAGCUAGCGAGGUAGGUAAGGCACUGUUCGAAAAUUUUAACAUAUCUUCGAUUCCAUCCGACUCAAAUACUCCCACAUUGGAUAGAGAGACUGUUGUCCAAUCGACGCAAGAGCAGGAAUCUGUCCAAGAGCAGGAAUCUGUCCAAGAGCAGGAAUCUGUCCAAGAGCAGGAACAGAUUCAUGAAAACCUCGAAGACAAAAAUGUAUCCCCUGCAGAGAAAUCACCUUUCGGAAUAUCUGAUGCGAUAUUUGAUGGUUUAAGGGUUAAAUUUACAAAAGACUUUGCAACAACAGUUGUUGGUCGCCUCAAUUUGAACGAUGCAUACACAAAGUAUCCGGUGUUUGUUGAUGCUGUUGACGGAAAAUGGUUAUUCGCCACAAUGAACGAUGUUGCUGAAAAUUUGAGAGAUAUCGCUCAUUCUUUCUUUUCGCCUGCACUGAUAAACAUCUAUGAUCUGGAAGAAUUUGACUUGGAAGACAUGCUUCACUAUCUGGCAUACUCUGGCGGUGCCGUUGGUUUUAUGGAUCUUUUAGAUAGCUGUACAAAGGCUGAUAGAGAUUUGAUUUUUGGUUUU